AUGCCUUACUGGGCUUGGGCCUCUGCUAAUGGCGGUAUCUGUGCUCUGGGUUCCCAAACGGGGACUGAAACAGUCGCAGGAACUCUGGGCUGGGUGCAACUUGGAUUUAACGGGGUGGAUCCGGUUUGCAGAUCGCUGCGAGGCGGGUCGCUCUCAGAGUCCCCCUUUUUUUCUUCGUUUUUAGGGAAGAAAGCUCGGACUUUUGACCUGGAAGCCAUGUUUGAACAAACGAGAAGAACCGCCGUGGAAAGGAGCAGGAAAAUCUUGGAAGCUCGUGAAAGAGAGAAGGAAGACCAGGCUGAAAAAGAACUUAGAUGUCCUCACACUGAUUCACCAGCUUCAGGCUCAAGUGCGAUAGGAGCUGGGUCCGCAUUAACUCCGAGAGACACAGCCUGUAGUGAAAGUGAAGACAGCUCAGAUGAAGAGUUAACUGGUCCAUUUGUGCAAUCCCAGACUUCAGCUCAAGGUCAGAUUGAGAAUACUGAUGAGGAGGAGGAGGAGGAUGAGGAAGAAUUCAUUGGGCCACCACUUCCACCUGGGUUCAAGGACAGUGAUGAUGAUCAUGAUGACGAUGAUAUACAGGAGGAAGAUAAUAACCCUGUCAAGAAAAUUCCAGAUUCUCAUGAAAUUACACUCCAACAUGGGACAAAAACAGUUUCUGCUUUGGGUUUGGAUCCUUCAGGUGCCCGUUUGGUAACCGGUGGCUAUGACUAUGAUGUUAAAUUUUGGGAUUUUGCUGGAAUGGAUGCCUCUCUGCAAGCUUUUCGGUCCCUCCAGCCUUGUGAAUGUCACCAAAUCAAAUCUUUACAGUAUAGCAGCACAGGAGAUGUUAUUCUUGUCGUCUCUGGUAACUCGCAGGCGAAAGUUCUUGACAGAGAUGGUUUCCCAGUAAUGGAAUGCAUAAAAGGAGACCAGUACAUCGUGGAUAUGACAAACACCAAGGGUCAUACAGCAAUGCUCAAUUCAGGCUGUUGGCAUCCUAAAAUAAAGGAAGAAUUUUUGACGUGUUCCAAUGAUGGAACUGUGAGGACAUGGGAUGUUAACAAUGAAAAAAAGCACAAAGGCGUGUUUAAACCACGAUCAGUUCAAGGUAAACGGGUGAUUCCUACAACUUGCACAUACAGCAGAGAUGGUAAACUUAUUGCAGCUGGCUGUCAGGAUGGCUCCAUCCAGAUCUGGGAUAGGAAUAUGAGUGUACAUACAAAGUUCCACUGCAGACAAGCCCAUGCCCCUGGCACUGACACUUCAUGCCUGACAUUUUCCUACGAUGGUACCGCCCUUGCCAGCCGGGGAGGAGACGAUACUUUAAAGAUAUGGGAUAUUAGACAAUUUAAAAAGCCUCUUAAUUCAGCUGAAAGGCUGUCUAGUUUCUUUCCAAUGACAGAUUGCUGUUUCAGCCCUGAUGAUAAAAUACUUGUCACAGGCACCUCUGUUAAGAAAGGUGGUGGCAGUGGGAAGCUUUUUUUCUUUGAUCGGGAGACUUUCCAGAAGUUGUAUGAGAUAGAAGUUACAAAUGCAAGUGUUGUGCGUUGCCUUUGGCAUCCCAAGCUGAACCAGAUCAUGGUUGGCACAGCAAAUGGAUUGGCAAAAGUAUACUAUGAUCCUAUCAAAAGCCAGAGGGGAGCAAAAUUAUGUGUGGUCAAAACAAAACGAAAAGAGAGACAAGCAGAGACUCUUACACAGGAUUACAUUAUAACACCCCAUGCACUUCCAAUGUUCCGUGAACCACGACAACGAAGCACCAGGAAGCAGCUGGAAAAGGAUAGACUAGAUCCCCUGAAAUCUCACAAACCUGAACCCCCAGUAGCAGGACCAGGUCGUGGUGGCCGUGUUGGAACUCAUGGAGGCACCUUAUCAUCAUACAUAGUCAAGAAUAUUGCACUGGAUAAGACAGAUGAUAGCAACCCUCGAGAGGCUAUUUUACGUCAUGCAAAGGAAGCGGAGGAGAAUCCGUACUGGGUUGCUCCAGCAUAUGCUAAAACACAGCCAAAAACAGUUUUUGCAGAAGUGGAACAAGAAGAUGAUGAAACAGACAAGCCAGAGUGGAAAAAACGUAAAAUUUGAAGAACUGGGUUUAAAGAACAAUUCAAAAGCAUCUGAAACAAAGCGCAGCAUGUAUUUCUUUAGUUUGCAUAGCAGGUCAGAAUCUUUGAAAGCAUGAAUUAUUUUAAUGCAUAAAACUUCCUACAGUUUAAAAAGGAUUGUUGUAUUACGGUGGACUGUAAUUCUAUGUCUGAAUUUUGUAAUAAGGAAUGAAUUAUAUUGUGCAAAGGAAAACCCCCUGUGUCAGUUACUUUACUUUGUGAUUUAACUGAAAAAUGUAUGUGCUUACAAUUUUUAAUAGAAUUCUAGUGAAUUCAGGAUGUUGCCGAAUGUUCUUUUUUAUUAUUGCUAACUUUACCAAUGCUGUGUCAUGACAAUGACUUUAAAGGAUUUAAAGUACCGGAAUAAAAUAAUACAGAUUCUCAAACUUCUCAUUUUUUCUUAUACCAUCUAACAACAAGUUAUGCCCAAAUAAACAGGGUUUGCACUUUUAUUUAGAUGUAUUAAUAUGGAAUAAUCCAGUUCAGUUAGCUUGUGUGUGAAUUUUAGAAAGCAUAUUAUCUAGUGGCCAUCCUUAUGUGAAUGAUGAUGUUUGUUAAUAUGUGUAGUAUCUCAUGGUAAUAUGUUAUACAGAUUUUAUUUUUCAACCAUGUGAAAUAGGAACAGACAAUUAUAUAUUUUGUUUUAAUAAAACCAGCAUAUGUUUAUUUGCUAGUUGAUACAGAAUUUUAUUCAGGCCUCCUAAGCCUAUUAGUCUGUAUUGAUUAGUGUUAACACAGAGCAGAAUUGUAUAUUUAUUACCAGGUCUUUGUAUAUGUUGACUUUGCUGUAUGCCUAAAUUGUGUAUUUCUUGGCUUACGCUCUCCGAAGACUGAUUAGUACUCUUUUUAAGUGUUUGUUUAAAUAUUGAAAGGUUUCAGUGUUUGACACAGAACUGCAAUUCCCAAUGUCAUAAACUGAAGGACAGAGAGAUUUAAAAUUAGUAUCCUUUAUGGAAGCAGAAAGGAAUCUAGAUUAGUUGUAGACAUUUAUAUUGUGAUUAUAAUAGUAUACAGCAUGGUAAGUGUUGUGAUUAUAAUAAUAUAUAAUAAGGCAAGCACUCUGCAUUUCCACUAAGAGUAAAGGACAAAAGACAUCAUAAACAAUCAAGCUUUAUUAAUUAUGAAAAAAUUCUGAAGGCAUCUGUUAAGGCUAUAUUUAGCAAAGCAUUUAAUCACCUUCCUAACCUCAAGCAUGUGGUCCUGAUAGAGUCAAUAGAGCUUAAAUUUUUUCUCAGACAUUCUCUGCAUUA